AUGUCGUCCGGAAAUGCCGAUUUCUGCUUCCCAAUCAAGCGGCUAGAGAACUCCAGAGUGAUUCUCGAGCCCUUCAAUGACAAGCACGUAGCCUCAUUUGUCCAAGGCUGCAAAGACCACCCUGCACUCUUCGACUACCUGCCCUUUGGCCCUUUCUCCACCACCGCCGAAUUCAAGACUUGGUACCGAGGCCGCGUCGAGCGCAAUCCCACCGAGACCAUCUUUGCCAUCUUUGCGAAGUCACCUGCACCUGACUCCGUCGAACAACAGACUCUGGCCGGCACGAUUGGCUUGCUCAAUGCAAGCCCUAGCAAUGCUUCCGUGGAGAUUGGUUUCAUCAUAGUCCUGCCAUCAUUCCAACGAACGUUUGUCACUAGCAAUGCUGUGGGACUAUUGCUGUCAUACACACUUGAUCUGCCACCAGAAGGGCUCGGUCUGCGCCGUUCUCAAUGGCAGACGCACGCCAGCAAUGAGGCUUCCAGACGGGUAGCAACGCGAAUGGGCUUUUCCUUCGAAGGGAUCCAGAGGUUUCAACGAGCAUUUCCUGCUCACAAACAGGGGAACGGGUUCGACCUUUCUCGCCUUCCCGAGUCCACUGGGAUUAAACUGGGACAAGCCAGAGACACCGCCAUCUUCGCACACUAUUGUGACGAAUGGCCGGCAAAGAGGGCCGAAGUGUUGAGGUUGAUGGAACCACGCUGA